AUGGUUAUUAAAAAGGAAACAGUUACAGAGUCUGUAAAUAUCAACUCCGUGGAAUGGCGACACAAAAUAGGAAAAGAAGUAUACGACAUCAUACAAGGAAUGAAGGACAAACUCAUCUAUGAAAUAGUUUCUAAAUUGAAACAUAUAUUUGAUAAAACUGAAAGUGAUCUGAUGGAAUUAGUUGGCCGAUUGGGGACUGCAAGCCGAAAGAUACCCAUUAGAGACCAAAUGAAACUUAUAGAUGAAUGGAUGCUUCGUGAAUUUCGAAUAGAGAAUAUCGAAAGAUGUCCAUCAGUUCUUCACUUUAUAACAGGAAGAAAGAAAAACGCAAUAGUUAUGAAAGUAUUUUUACAAAACGCGGAAGACAAAGCAAAGAUAUUUUGCAGGGAUCAUGCAAUAAAUGUGCCUGAUAAUGCUUUAUUUGAAUAUAUUGAUGUAUCCCUGAAGUCAGACUCCAAAACGAGUUUUACUGCUAUUAUGCAAAGAAAAGAAAAAGGUUUUCAUAUAAAGAGUGAAAUAAAAAGGCGCAUGAAAGACAUCCUAAAAAAUAAAAAAGAGGAAUUGUUUUCAAAGCAUUCAAAUUUAGUUUCGAUAAGCAUGAGUCCAGUUAAAUAUUCUGGAGACGACGUCAUUCAUAAAGAGUGUAUAGUUUUAUAUUGCCUAGAUGCAGAUCUGAUUCCAUUUGGAGAAGAGCCUUUACCAAAAUCUCUUGAAGAGUUUGAAUGCAUCAUUCUAGAAGAUUUUAUUCAGUUCGGAAGAUGUGAGAAUUGUAAAGGCCUAAAUAAUGGAUGUAGCGUUGGUAGAUACGGAGAUCUUUCAUCGGGAACUUUGGGAUUUUUUGCAAAGAAACAAUCACAUCCAUCCCACAAUGGAUUUCUUACUGCUGCUCAUGUGGCAUUAACAGACGAUGUUAUUGCUUCACUGAAUGAAAGAAAACUUUCUGAUUAUUCUUUUCAAAAUAAUACUUAUCAAAUUGUUCAUCCGUCCUUUGAAGACAGUGCUUCUAACAAUAUCGUUGGGCAGGUCGACGAUUCGUUUUUUGGAAAUUACAAUUUUGUUGGAAUAGAUGCAGCUUUUAUCAAAACUGAUGUACUUAUGCAUAAACAUGAAUUGCAAUACUCAUCAAUCAAUUUUGACCUAGAUUCCGAUGAAGAGUAUGAAGUCAUCAAAAGGGGAAGGACAACAGGUGAAACGAAGGGAAUUUUGAAAGAAUGCACUUUUCUGAUCCGUAGGCCUUUUCCAGACCGUGCCGGAGUCUAUCUAACCUUAGACAACUGCUAUUCAAUUUUUGAUUCAAAUUCACAGAUUUUCUUUUUACCCGGAGAUUCCGGUGCUGCCGUGUACGUUUGCAAUAAAUUGGAUAAUACUCGACAACCACUGGGACUUGCAUUCGGUAAAAUGACGAAUUUUCCAGUAACCUUCGUUUCUCCCAUUGACAAAAUUGCUGAUGUCUUGAACCUUUCUAUUCUUCAACCUGCAGAACCAAUGGAAAUUCCUUAAUUCAAACAUA